UACUUUCGGUAUUUUGCAACACUGGAAGUCCGCCAAUUUUCCGACGCUCUAUUUAACCGCGUCAUUUUCAGACCAGAAUUCUGCAACUGCCAAGAAGAUGAAGAUCGACACGUGCGUCCUGCGAUUCGCCAAACUCACCGAGAAUGCUUUGGAGCCGGUGAGGGGAUCCGCGAAAGCGGCAGGUGUUGACCUGCGUAGCGCCUACGACCUGGUGGUGCCGGCACGCGGAAAGGCCAUCGUCAAGACCGAUCUGCAAGUGCAGGUUCCGGAGGGCUCCUACGGACGCGUAGCCCCACGAUCCGGGCUAGCGGUGAAGAACUUCAUUGAUGUGGGCGCCGGUGUGGUCGACGAGGAUUAUCGCGGCAAUCUCGGCGUCGUCCUCUUCAAUCACUCAGAUGUUGAUUUUGAGGUGAAGCAUGGCGACCGCAUCGCCCAGUUCAUUUGCGAGCGCAUCUUCUAUCCGCAACUGGUGAUGGUGGACAAACUGGAGGACACCGAGCGCGGCGAGGCAGGAUUCGGUUCCACCGGAGUCAAGGAUCUGCCGGCAGCCAAGGCGCAGAACGGCAACGGAGAAAAGGCUGCCGAACCGGAGGGAGCUGCUCCGGCUCCUGUUGCCACGUAAACGAGGAACUAUUGCCGCAUUCCUAAGUCCUUCACGGCCACUAUCAAAGAGUUUCAUUCUGUAUCCUUAAGUGAAAUAUGUUAAUGUAUGGGUAAUUUGUAUCUAAUAAAACCGCAAAUAUAAGAAGAAAUGUUUCCAA